CCGCCUGUCCACGCGCUCCGACCUGUCGCUGGGCUCCCGGGGUGGCGCGGCGCCCCCGCAGCACCACCCGUCGGGGCCCAAGAGCUCUGCCACUGUGAGCCGCAACCUCAACCGCUUCUCCACCUUCGUCAAGUCGGGCGGAGAGGCCUUCGUGCUCGGCGAGGCGUCGGGCUUCGUCAAGGACGGGGACAAGCUGUGCGUGGUGCUGGGGCCCUACGGCCCAGAGUGGCAGGAGAACCCCUACCCGUUCCAGUGCACCAUCGACGACCCCACCAAGCAGACCAAGUUCAAGGGCAUGAAGAGCUACAUCUCCUACAAGCUGGUGCCCACGCACACGCAGGUCCCAGUGCACCGGCGCUACAAGCACUUCGACUGGCUGUACGCACGCCUGGCCGAGAAGUUCCCCGUCAUCUCGGUGCCCCACCUGCCGGAGAAGCAGGCCACCGGCCGCUUCGAGGAGGACUUCAUCUCCAAGCGCAGGAAGGGCCUGAUCUGGUGGAUGAACCACAUGGCCAGCCACCCGGUGCUGGCGCAGUGCGACGUGUUCCAGCACUUCCUGACAUGCCCUAGCAGCACGGACGAGAAGGCCUGGAAGCAGGGCAAGAGGAAGGCGGAGAAGGAUGAGAUGGUGGGCGCCAACUUCUUCCUGACGCUGAGCACGCCCCCCGCAGCCGCCCUGGACCUGCAGGAGGUGGAGAGCAAGAUCGACGGCUUCAAGAGCUUCACCAAGAAGAUGGACGACAGCGCACUGCAGCUCAACCACACGGCCAACGAGUUCGCGCGCAAGCAGGUGACCGGCUUCAAGAAGGAGUAUCAGAAGGUGGGCCAGUCCUUCCGCGGCCUCAGCCAGGCCUUCGAGCUGGACCAGCAGGCCUUCUCCGCAGGCCUGAAUCAGGCCAUCGCCUUCACCGGAGAUGCCUACGACGCCAUCGGCGAGCUGUUCGCCGAGCAACCCAGGCAGGACCUGGACCCGGUCAUGGACCUGUUAGCGCUGUAUCAGGGCCACCUGGCCAACUUCCCAGACAUCAUCCACGUCCAGAAAGGAGCUCUUACCAAAGUAAAGGAGAGUAGGCGACACGUGGAAGAAGGGAAGAUGGAGGUCCAAAAAGCUGAUGGCAUUCAAGAUCGCUGUAACACUAUUUCCUUUGCCACUUUGGCUGAAAUUCACCACUUCCAUCAAAUUCGAGUAAGAGACUUUAAAUCACAGAUGCAGCAUUUCUUACAACAACAGAUAAUAUUUUUCCAAAAAGUGACCCAGAAGUUGGAAGAAGCUCUUCACAAAUAUGAUAGUGUUUAAUGACUGGAUAUUGGAUUGUGGACUUUUUUUCAGUUCAAGGAUCAUUUCUACAGCAGAAUAAAAACUGCUAUCAAAGAGCUAUUGCCAACUAUCAGUGGUGGUACAAGGAUGGUUUUGUGUUCAACUGAAACCCAGCUGAAUAUAUAAUUAUGUAGGAAAUAAACAGUUAAUAUGGUUAUAUAAUAGAAACAGUACCACACAUUGUAACUAAAUUAUACUAUGUAUGCCGACACUACCAUUGUAACUUUGGGAAUAAUGAUUAUACUAUUUGCCUUAUUGCUUUUUGAAGUAUGGGUAUUUUAGUGUAUACUUUGUAGACCUCAAACCCAUAAAGGGUCUCAAAGAAGCCGGCUGGAUAAAAAGCCUGCUGUGGAUGCCUUUUUACUCUCAUAGAUUGGGAUUACCUAAAUUCAACCUGUUCUCUGUUUACAAACUCCAACUAGAGCAGCUAUGCGACUUUGUGCCUUUAGACUCUUGGUUUUUAACCCCCCCUCCUCCUUUUAAGUACACCACAACUUUUCUGAUUGAGAGAGAGAAAGGCCAGUGCUGAUAAUAACAAACUGAUGAUAACCUCCUAUUGAGGCAGAGGGGAGGGGUAGGAGGAUCAGCUGUCAUCAAUGUGCACAGCAAGUUCUGUCUCCUGAUAAGAUGCUGGUGAAUGCAGAGGAGCAGAGGAGCGAGACUCGAUGCUGGUGUUGGGAUAUGAAGUCUGUCAGGAAAGAAACGGUGCCGCUCUGUUCCCUUAGCUGCUACAGUAGCAUAGCUCUUCAUGCAAGUGUCCUGAAAACUUGGCGUGAAGGUUUUAGCAGAAAUGUCUUAUAACACGGAGAAGGAGGAGUCCGAUCAGUCAGGGGAUACAAGUACAGAAUCGGUGACUACAUAACAUGAUUUUAAUUCUUAGGAGGUUUUUGUUUUUUUUUCCUUGAAGAUUUUCUUUUAGUAUUCAUUUUUUUUUUUUAAUGGAUCUACACUGUUAACUGAUUGAGACUCCACUGUGAUUCACUCGUUUACUUAAUCAAAAACUUUUCAGGGAUGUCUGUAAAUUUCAGUGUUAUACGUAAUGAGAAGUGAUGUUGGUUGAUCUUAGGCGGGACCAGAUAUAAUUUCUACUAUUCCAAAUACUGAAGGAAAAGAAUCGAUUUAUACCGUGUUUCCAAAAAAAGUAUUGAUAAGCUCCCCCUCCCCCCCAGGACACAUAACCUUAAAAUGAUUUUAAAUAUAUUCUUUUAUUAUUACAAGGGAAAUACAAAUGGCUGGUAAAUACCAAAAAGUUUCAAAAGCAGCUUGCUUUUAAAAGCACAAGGAGAUUCCGGCUCGAAAUGCCAGUCUCAAUGUUUUUAUAGUUGCUAAGCUAAAUGUGAUUCUUGAGUUUACAGAUUUAAAAACUGUCACUGAAAGGUUCAAGUAUCUACUGUUUUUAUGAAGUCAAACUUACUGCCUCAGAAAUCCCUGGGUACUGAAACGGUAGCAUGGACGUAAAGGAGGCCGGUCCGACAUGUCGGUGAGUCACUAUGACCCAAGAAAAGGGGUGGUUUGCAGAUAGUCACAAAACAGAAAAGGUCGUUGAAAGAAUUUCUCAACAGCAUAUUUACUCUCUAAAAACUAAUCUCCGAUGGGUUGAAUUUUUUAAGAUCAGAUUUAUCAUCAUUUAGAUCUUGGGUCAAAAUUUUGUGCUGUAGGUUAUUAGAGCCAGAUUUAACACCACAAGGCUUUGUCUUUACUACAGGUAAUGCGGAACUAUAACCAAAUGUUUUGUUCUCCAAAAAGUACCUUUCUCUUGCUGAUUACGAAGUAUAGUUCGAUGGACAAGACCCAUUUAUAUAGAAAUUUUAAUUUUAUUGCAGAAGUUUGAAGAUUAUAAUGAUAGCAUUUAAUUUAAGUUUGAGUCUGUAUUGGACAAAUAAGCACGAUGCUUUUCAAAUGAUUUGAAAGUCACUUUUAUUUGCCUCUUUAUUUAGAUUUUUUUUUUUUGGAAAAAAAAAACCAUAAAAUCACUAAACUUGUGCAAUGGUAGCAUGGAAAUUUUCUGAGGUGUCUGUAUGAUUAUGCUUUAGCCAGGGUGGACAUAGCUUAAAUGAUAGAAACUAAAGAUGGAAGCGUAAGCAAUUGUAAGUUCAUGCUGCCUACUUCAAAGAGAACUUCGUUCCUCAUAACUACAUAACAUGAUAAUGCCACUGAUUCACAAGGGGUUUAAAUUAAUUCUGUGAGGUAGGACACCAAAACUAUUAGUGUUCAUCUUCAUCUAAGAUCUUUAUUCUCUAACGUUCUUGGUCCUAUUGAAACAUUUCAGUAUAUAAAAAUACUGCAAUGUUAAUACCCAAGAGAAAAAAAAAGCCAUUGUCAUUUGUAUGCUGGUCAUUAAUGAUCAGUGUGGUACAGUUUUUUAAAAUAAACUAUCAUGCCCUUCAUGUCA